GCUCCAAAUCUCACCGAAUCUUCCACCCACCCACCCACCUGCGCCAGCUCUAAAGAUAGCGGCGGCGGCGGCGGGUGAGCUCGCGCAUAACGGAUCGAUCCCAGCUCUAGAGGGGAGCAGCCAUGGCGGGGGACGGCGACGAGGAGCCGCCGGCGACGGGCGGCGACAAGCUGAUCCUGCGGGGCCUGCAGUUCCACGGGUUCCACGGCGUGAAGCAGGAGGAGAAGAAGCUGGGCCAGAAGUUCGUGGUCGACGUGGACGCCUGGAUGGACCUCGCCGCCGCCGGGGACUCGGACGACAUCGCCCACACCGUCAGCUACACCGACAUCUACAGGAUAGCCAAGGGCGUGGUGGAAGGCCCGUCGCGCAACCUCUUGGAGUCGGUGGCUCAGUCGAUCGCCGGCUCCACGCUGCUCGAGUUCCCCCAGAUCUCCGCCGUCCGGGUGAAGGUCGGGAAGCCCCACGUCGCGGUGCAGGGCAUCGUCGACUACCUGGGUGUGGAGAUACUGAGGCGCAGAGGGGCAUGAGCACAAGAACUGAACAGAAUUCAUCUCAGUUGAGCCGAUCGAUCUCUGUCUCUUAUACCUAUGUGUGAAUGAACAUAUGUUGAUUGCGCUCAUGAAACAAGAAUCACGAACAGAAUAAUUUCUGAAAUGGGGAUCAUGUUCUUGCCUGCA